CCUUGAGGCAAGCUGGCCCGACCUGCGGCCCACCCUUCCCCCUCAGGUUUCCCUGCAGCCACACAAACGCCUGACAGGCUUGUCCAGGCCAGCCCUCUCCAGCAGGAAUAAGCCGAGCCAUGAAAAGAGCAGUGCAGCCGCCCCAGCCCCUCUACUCGGUGAGGACCUGCUGGAACAUGAGGGGGUUCCUCUCGUACCAGAGUCAUUUGUCACCUUCAUGCAAGAGGGAGCCCAGAGGGACCUGCCCUGCCUGCUCCCCACCAGCUUUGGGCCAUGUCCUGGGGGGCGCUGACCCCCCAAACCCUGACACAGGGGCUCCUCUCUGGGGCGGCUGCUCCCCGAUGGCUUCACAACCUCCUGCACCAGCGCAGCCCCGGGUCACCGUGGCAGCCAUUUAGUGUCGGCGCGAUGUCACCAUUGCAUCACAAUCGUGGCCCUUGUUUUAGGGGGCUGAAGGAGGCUCCGCUGCCGCUUGGACUGCAUGCCAGCCAAGGAGCGUUUGGACAGGAGUGGGAAAACCACCUCGGAGAUGGCAGGAAAAUCCCACAAGCAGAACCACUGGAAGAGAAUAUUCUUGUGCUCCCUGCAAGAGAUGGAGGAGUGGAAGCUGACACUGCUGAUCUUCACCUCCAGCCUGAGCCUGUGGGGCCUCCUCAUGCUGGUGCUGCCCUGCGGCCCCAGCCUCUUGGCUGUCCUGGCUCUGGGCAUCCUCCUGGGCUGCUGGCCCAUGGGCAAGGCCAAGGGGACCUCUGCGGAGAGGAACAGAUGGAGAAGCCGGAGGAAGAAGGAUGACGUGAUGGCCACAGUCUUCGUCCCAAGCAAAGGCCUGGAGUGCAUCAUGAGGAGCCAGGUGGAAGAGAGCUGGAAGCUCCAUGGAGGAGACUGGAGGGCAAUCGGCUUCGGCGAUGAAGCAGCUGCUGCAGGGGAGCUCCCGCAGGAAAAAGGAGACGGGGCUCAAGGUGGGAAUGUCAGUGCUGCCACCAGCUUGGAGCUCCUCCCGAACCAGCCCUCCUUGGACAGCGUGGAAGAGCUCGCCACGUCCCUGAUGGAGUCCCUGGACAUGGCCCAACUCUGCCGUGACCUGCUGGGAAAACUGAAGGAAUCUGUCAACUGCAACGCUGCGACCCCCUGCAAGGACGUCAGGCAGGAGUACGUGGUGUGCCUGCAGUGCCGUCAGUGCCUCACCUGCUGCUGCCUGUACUGCAGCGAGGCCGCAGCUGAUCAGCACCUGCCCACGCUGGCCACCAUCCUGCACUCCGUGGACUUGCUGGUGCACGAGGAGGAGGUUCAGGUGGAAGUGGGGCUGUGCUUUGAGCUGGCCCUCGGCGGGGAGCUGUUCCACGGGUGGGAGGUAACCCAGAGGUUCCCCGAAAUACCCCCGGAGAGGUGCUGCCAGGAGUGCGGCGCGCCUCUGCCCAAGAGCCCUGGGCACGGCGAGAGUUCUUGGCCAGCGGUCCCCAACCCCAGCGCCCAGGGCACAGCAAGGGGGCCCGAAGGAGGUGCAGACCUGCAGCCAGCUGGGCCGGGGGUGCCUCUCCCCACCGCAGUCCCCACGUGGCCCCUGCCCCCCUGGGCACAGCCCCCCUCUCCUGAGGCCCUGGACCAGCUCCAGAACGCUGGGAUGGAGCCCCUGCCCUCAGUGGGGUACAGGGCCGGGGAGCAGGGGCUCAGUCUUAAGUGCUUCCGUCGGUGCUGCGCCAAACUGAAGGAUAAACUGCAGAGGUGCGUAGCAACGGAGUGCUGCUGCUUGAUGGUGGAAGGGAGCGUGGCACCCAGUGGCGCUGCAGAAGAGGACCAGACGCUGCCCUUGGAGAGCCUGUUUACAGCCGACACGCUCUGCCAUCACACGGGGAUAGAGGCAUGAGGGAACCCCACCAGAAGUGGAGGGUGAGGUCCUGCCACACUCACCCUCAGCCGCACCGGGGCCAGCCAGACACUGAGGUUCCACUGUUGGGAAAAUGUUGCAAUGCAGUGCUGCUGCACAAGCUGUUCUAUCAGCUCUGUCCCCUGUAUAGCCCCAGCCCAGGGCUGCAAGCACAGUCAACUGAAUAGAGCAUCAAUACAAUGUUGUAACAAAGGUAAUGAUGGGCCUGACAGUUCAAAGGAUGUUGAUGUAUGAGAAACUGGCCCUUAGCUACCGAAGCGAUGGGAGAUCUAUCAUUGUGGCUACUAAGAACUGAGACGUACAGAACUUGAGGUAAUCGUCCUUGAAGACUAAAAGAAAGAAGAAACAAAA